AGCGUUUAUCGCUUCUGACGUCACGCAGCAUUGGUCCAGAGUUGACGCAAUGCUGACAUCUAUUGUCCAGUACUCGACUCGUCUGUGAGGUGAAAACAACCACUGAUAAGACUGAUAUGUUGGUCGUGACAGCGGUGAAGAAGGAAAUCAGACCCCGGAAAACACGAUUCUGGCAGCGGGGGGCGGGUCCGAGGAGACGCCCCCUCUGGACCCAAAAGGUCCCCGGGGGGCUGCAAGCUCUGAGGUCCACUCUUGCUAGAUUAAUUGGACUGCUUUUUUCAAUGGCGUUUCCUUGGAAACGACGCGUCACGACUCACAAGCGUCAGGUAUAUAAAGACUCACCAGCAGACCUCCAUCACUGGGACCGUCUGGAUCCACACAGCAUCGAACCCGGAUCUUUCAGCAAGACAUGAACGCCAGCAGGAAACUAGAUCAACACGUUAUCAUGAGACAGAGGUCGCCUUCAUAUGACGUCACACCCACAGAAGGCUCUCGUCCUCGAGUCGCUCGUCGUAUCUUCACCAACAACCGCGAGCGUUGGCGGCAACAGAACGUCAAUGGCGCUUUCGCUGAGCUACGCCGCCUCAUCCCGACUCACCCCCCUGACAGGAAGCUGAGCAAGAACGAGACCUUGCGAUUGGCCCUCAGGUACAUCAACUUCCUGGAUGGACUCCUGACAGAGCCGGAGCUCAGGGCUCCACUCAGCCGCUCGGCCAGUGUCGAGUCCUCAUCUGGCAAUGAAGGCUCAGCAGAUGAGGACUCCUGCCCAGAUACCCCGACUGAAGACAGUGCCGCCCUGCCUGUCCUCCACCUGCAGUCAGAGCAGGCGUGCUGGACUCUGGAGGAUUCAGGGUUUGACUCCUUUCACUUGGGAGACUCAAGUCUUUGUGAUGCUGAAAACUUCUGGGACUUUUUGUCAGUCUGACUGUGGAAAAACUUGUUUGUAUUCGCAACCUAUUAGGCUGCAUUCAGUAGACAGUAGGAAACGUAUACAGACUUAGAAUCAUUGUUAGAGUUCUUAGUCUUCAACUGCUCAAACCGUGACUUUAGAUAUAGAAAUGAAAUUAAUGCACUGGCUUCAGUGAAAUCUUUCUCGACUGCAAAGUUCACAGACACCUUGAAUUUGGAACGUGGACCAUGCAUUUUAGCCUACACUGAAGCCUCAACUUUGAGUCUUUAUUCCCGUCGGUUUGUGCCGCACAGAUCAUGUUGAUCUUCACCUGUGUUGGAGUGUGCGGCCCUCUGAAUGAAAUGUGAUAUUCACAUGUAGAAGAGUGGACGAGUGUCAUUGUGUUUCUGU